GGAGUGCGUGGCGGUUUUCCUUUUCCUUCCCAGAACUGUUCGAAAAGAAGAACUUCGAGCUGAGAAUAGCAGGAGGCGCCGUGAGGGAUUUGCUGAGCGGGAUGACGCCACAAGAUGUAGAUUUUGCCACUACGGCUACGCCGGCGGAGAUGAAGGAGAUGUUCACGUCCGCUGGUGUUCGUCUGAUCAAUAACAAAGGAGAAAAACACGGAACCAUCACAGCCAGGCUCCAUGAACAGAAUUUUGAAAUUACUACUCUUAGAAUAGAUAUUGUCACCGAUGGACGACAUGCAGAGGUGGAAUUCACCACUGACUGGGAAAAGGAUGCUGAAAGGAGGGAUCUGACUGUCAACUCCAUGUUUUUAGGGUUGGAUGGAAUGCUGUAUGAUUUUUUUAAUGGGUAUGAAGACUUGAAAAACAAGAAAAUCCGAUUUGUUGGAAAGGCUAGUGAGAGAAUACAAGAAGACUAUUUACGAAUCCUAAGAUAUUUCAGAUUUUAUGGAUAGAUCGCAGAGAAACCUGAUCAGCAUGAACCUAAUACACUGCAAGCAAUUAAGGAAAAUGCCAAAGGUUUGGCUGGAAUAUCAGGAGAAAGGAUUUGGGUGGAAUUGAAAAAGAUUCUUCUUGGAAACCACGUAGAUCAUUUGGUUCGACUUAUGUAUGAGCUGGAUAUUGCCCGAUACAUAGGACUACCGCUUGACGGAGAUUUGGAGGAAUUUGCCAGAGUCACUAAAAACAUUCAAAAUCUGUGCCCGAAACCCAUGACUGUCCUGACGUCGUUGUUCAGGGGGAAGGAUGACAUCACAAACCUCGAUCUGAGGCUGAAAAUCUCCAAAGAAGAAAAAAACCUUGGCCUUUUUUUAGUGAAGCACCGGCAAGAGUUGACCAAAGCUGCAGGUCCAGAGCCACUUAGACCCUAUCAGGACUUCAUAAUGGAUUCUAGAGAAGCUAAUACAAAUUCCAAGAUCUGUGAGCUUCUGAAAUACCAAGGAGAAGAACAUCUUUUAAGAGAACUGCAGCAAUGGACUGUUCCUUCUUUCCCCGUCAGCGGCCACGAUCUAAGAAAACUGGGAGUGUCUUCUGGAAAAGAAAUCGGAGCCGCGUUACAGCAGUUAAGGGAGGAAUGGAAGAAGAGCGGGUACCACAUGGAUAAAGAAGAACUGUUAAGUUGCCUGAAGAAGUCAUAA